AUGUCUAUUGAAACGGCGCCCGCUCCAGCGGUCGCUAGCCCCGCGGCGACCCAAGAGCGCAAGCCCAUCCACACCCUCGUCCUCGAUACCGGUCCGUUGAUCAAGAACGACCCUCCCGUGAGCACUCUUCUCGCCCGGGCCGACGAACUGUUCAUGCUCCCUUCCAUCAUCGACGAGAUUCGCGACGUCAACACCCGCACCCGCGUCCAGACUACCCUCAUGCCCUUCGUCAAGCUGCGCAACCCGCGUCCCGACAGCAUCAAGUUCGUUACCAACUUUGCGCGCCGCACUGGAGAUCUCGAAGUUCUCAGCAGACCCGAUUUGCACCUGCUUGCUCUUACCUACGAGCUCGAUGUCGAGAAGAAUGGUGGCGACUCUAGACUUCGCAAGGACCCCAAUCAGCGCAUCCCCAACACCCCAAAGUCAGCCACCAGCGAUGCUGCCGAGGGUAAGCCUAACCAAGAGGUGUCCUCGGUCCAAGGCGAGACAGUCGAAGACGAGACUUCUACGGGGGUGAAGGGGAAUGCAGACAGCACCGAGACUGAGGCGACCGCAAGCGACGAGGCAACGCAAGCUCCGCCUGCGAUUGCGGAUGCGACGGACAUCACACAAGAGAUGGAGAAACUGGAAGUUCAAGAGGACAAGCCCAACGAGGAGCAAGCGGCGGUCGAAGAGAGUACCGCCGAAGCAGUCGUCGCAAAGGAAGACGCAUCGGACGACGAGGACGGCUGGAUCACGCCGUCCAACGUCAAGAAGCACAAGGAGAAGGACAGCAAGAGGCUCCAACCGACGGAGCCGGCAGUCGACGUCAAGGUGGGCAUUCUCACCUCUGACUAUGCCAUGCAGAACGUCGCCCUAAGAAUUGGGCUCAACCUGCUGUCGCCUGCCAUGUCGCGCAUUACACAGCUCAAGACCUGGGUUCUGCGUUGCCACGGCUGCUUCCAGGUCUGUAAAAAGAUGGACAAGCAGUUUUGCCCCAGCUGCGGACAAGCGACGCUCACGCGAACCUCGUGCACCACCGAGGAGGACGGCUCCUUCAAAAUCCACCUGAAGCGCAACUUCCAGUGGAACAACAGAGGCAAUGUCUUCAGCAUUCCCAAGCCGGUCGCUGGAACCUCCAGCGGCAAGCUGGCGAAACAUGCCGGCGGCAAGAACAAUUGGGGUACCAACCUCAUCUUUGCGGAGGACCAGAGGGAGUAUGAGAAGGCUGUUGGUGAAAACCGUCGCGCCCGUCGCAGGGACCUCAUGGACGAGGAUUACCUACCAAGCAUCCUGACGGGUGAUCGUACGAGCAACAACGGAAAGGUGCGGUUGGGCCCUGGAAGAAACGUGAACGGGCGCAAGAAGAGGUAG